AUGCUAUUCAAUGCAUCCAGGAUUUCAUCGUCGAGGCGAAGUAGCGUGGGUACCACGAGGUUCUCGACAAUCGAUCCACACUCGACGUCGACAUCGACGUCAAAUGCAAAUUCAGUGAGCAACAAAGCAACCGCGUCGGCUUCUACAGAAGCCGUUUUACCAGCAAGUUCGAAUCUGAGCUCAAAAUCCCAGUUUUCGACUGUCAGAUCAACUACUAGAUCAACCGUCAGGUCAAGCUUUGAAACCUCUGAGCUGUGGUCCAAUUCUUCGACGGACGGCAUACCAGUCUAUGCUUCGACAGGUGCGGAGCAGAGCGCAACGUCUGCUACGGGGUCUCACGAAUCGACGUCGUCUCCCGAGGCUCCAACGACGCAAUCGGCUUCGUGGAAGUCCCUGACCGCUCCGUCUGGCGACACAUGGCUUCCGUAUACCAGAUCUUACGUUUUCACGGCGCCUUCAACGACAAUAACAACGGAUUUGGUACGAAGUACACUUCUACCGACGAAACGCACUUCAUCAUAUACCGCGCCAACAGCAGUCAUCACUACGGACAUCUCAUACUACAAGAAAUGGCUUGACGGCUCCAUAAAUGGUGCGGACGUAACUCCGUCGACAAACAACAAAAAUACCAUAAUUGGCAGCGUGGUGGGCAGUGUGGGCGGGUUCCUGUUAAUCUGCUUUCUCACAUGGUUCCUGCUUUACAGAAGACGACGCAAACCGGCUCAAAUUACCGAAAAGAGCUUCAGCCAUGACAUAGGGUGCAGGCUGGACUACCCUACUACGGCUCAAGGUGCCGAUGAGACCAUAAGGAUGGCCGACGAUGAAGAGUUCAUCCGGGGCAAAUAUAAAUCAUUUGGCAAAAAGAUUCCGCUCUGGAGAAAACCCGACGCCGCUCCCAGCGACGACGAAAAUCACGUUGUUCGCGACGGCGAGAAACGUACGAAUCCAUUUAGCGAGGAGUUCGAUUUCCAAAAACGAUUACCUUUACCUCCUCCAGUACCUACAAGAAGUUCUCCUGCGCGUUCUUUCAUGUCGACUAUCAGCACCUCCACCAAUGGUUCGACAAGCUCCGAUGACAUUUCGUCCAUAUAUCUCGCAAGGCCGACCGGCGAAGCCGGUUCUCAAAGCUUUCUCACGGAGGUUAUAUGA